GUUUUACGGAAAGCAUUUGUUAGGUUUGCUUUUGUUACAAUAACUCACCUUUAAUUGGCUACCAAAAUGUCCGGCUUGGAGUCGUAUAUCAAUCACACCGUGUCCAUAAUCACGGCAGAUGGUCGCAACUUCAUAGGAACGCUGAAAGGCUUCGAUCAGACGAUAAACAUCAUCAUCGAUGAGUGCCAUGAACGCGUCUUCUCAACAACGGCGGGCAUCGAGCAAAUUGUGCUCGGCCUGCACAUAAUCCGUGGCGACAACAUCGCCGUCAUUGGCCUCGUAGAUGACACAGUGGACGCCCGCCUGGACUUGGCCAAUAUACGCGGCGAGCCACUGGGACCAGUUGUCCACUGAUUAGAAUCGGACAUAGUUUUAAGUUCUACAAGUAAAUAAAUAAAAAUCGAUAAAAUAGCAA